UUUGCUUGUGUGACCUGUAAAUCCCGCAAGUCUCAAUAUGUGGACAGCUGAAUCUGGAGUUGUACAGUUAGCGCGUAGAUAAACAAUCUCGUCAGUUUACCGUAAUAAUGUCGUCUAAGGCAAACGUAGUCUUAGAGACUUUGAUUAUUGCUUUGAUCUAUUUCAGUGUAGUAGACUGUGACACAUGUCCAGCAGACAGCUUUGCAAACUCCUUAGCAGCUGACCAGUUUAGUUGUGCGAAGAAGUGGUUGCCGGUCAAGCAGCUUCAUUGGACGAAGAAGAAAAGAAUACUGGUAACCGGUGGUGCCGGUUUUGUUGGCUCUCAUUUAGUUGAUAAAUUAAUGCAAGAUGGCCAUGAGGUUAUAGCUCUUGACAAUUUUUUCACAGGAAAACGACAUAAUAUCGAACAUUGGAUUGGACAUAGUAAUUUUGAACUUUUACAUCAUGAUGUUACCAAUCCUAUAUAUGUGGAAGUGGAUGAAAUUUACCAUUUAGCUUCACCAGCGUCACCUCAACAUUAUAUGCAUAAUCCUAUACGUACUAUUAAAGCAAACACAUUGGGUACUUUAAAUAUGUUAGGAUUAGCUCGUCGUACAAAUGCCAAAUUUUUAUUCGCUUCUACUUCAGAAAUUUAUGGCGAUCCUGAAGUUCACCCUCAACCUGAAUCCUACUGGGGUAAUGUAAAUCCAGUUGGUCCAAGAGCUUGUUAUGAUGAAAGUAAACGACUUGGUGAAACAAUGACUUAUGCUUAUUUUAGACAUCUUAAUCUUCCUGUUAGAGUUGCUCGUAUAUUCAAUACAUAUGGACCAAGAAUGCAAGUUAAUGAUGGUCGAGUGGUAACUAAUUUCAUUGCACAAGCAUUAAACAAUGAAUCGAUUACGGUACAAUUAAUCACGAUAUUCAAAUGGAACUAAUUAUCUGAUAAUUGCAUAGCAAUUUAAAUCACUGCUUCAAGUAUAUAGAGUAGUGAUUAAAUUAGAUAAGUUUCAUAAUGGGAAAACUUUUAUCAUUAAAAUGUUUGCUUUUAAAGUCAAUUUAAGAAUUUUAGCCAGCCUUUUCAUAUGUGGAAUUCAGUAAAUCACAAUUCAAUUAUCAUCCAAGAUGAAAAUGUCAAAUCAGUGCUACAAACAAAUUAGUUUCUAAUUAUAGAACUAUUCAUAGUUGCAAUCAUCUCAUUGAUAAUUCGAGAUUAUCACCACUGAUAGUUACAUAGAAAAAAACACUCUUUUCAUGAGGAAACAAUUUAUAUUGAUGUCGUAAUAAAAAAAAUCUCAGUAUUCAUUUAUGUGGUGCCCCUCCUGAAGUUAAAUCAGUAUUCGUACUUGAACAACUUCUCCUGACCUAGAAAAUUUCCGAAAUAUCAUUUCAACUACUUAUUAACAGUAACUAGUAAUAAAAAAAACUAAGAAUUUUUUGAUUGAGAUCAUGAACCGAUUGAUGU